GAUAAGAAUAAUUAAUUAGUAAGAAAUUAGUUGUUGAUAUCCACAUCAAUAUUCAUAAACAAGGAACAAUGACCAUCCAAUCUCUACACAAUACAAAGGAUUUUUUUAGUCUUUUAGACUAAACAAAUUCAUAAAUCCAUUAUCCAAAUAGUAGUUAAUGUCUAGUUGAUAAAGUUACCAAAUUUUAAUAACUCAAACUUUAUAUUAUAUACUCAACCACUUGUCACCAAUUAUUGGUGCCCCAAUUUAAAGUGUCAAAGAUGGAAAAAUCCAUUUUCAUGUGAUCACUGCUGCAGGGAUUUCAGUGUACUGUUUGUGGUUUUUCUUUUCCUCUUGUUGUGUAUUCUUAGGUGCAGGAAGUAUUGUAAUGGCAGAUGAAGUUGGAUCAAGGUCAUAUUGCUGUUUUGUUUGUAGAAAUUAUGUUGCUGAGCAUGAUGACAUAGUUUCUAAAUCUUUCCAGGCACAUACAGGGAGGGCCUUUUUAUUCUCCCAUGCAGUAAAUAUUGUAACAGGGCCUAAGGAGGACAGACAUCUCCUGACUGGCCUUCACACGGUGGCUGAUGUCUUCUGCUCCGAUUGCGGCGAGGCGUUAGGUUGGAAGUAUGUCAAAGCUUAUGAAUCAUCACAGAAAUACAAGGAAGGCAAAAUUGUGCUUGAGAAAUUUAAGAUUAUUAAGGAUGAUAAUUGCUGCUAAUCUGCUAGACAGUCAUUUUCAGUGUUUUACACUUCUAGUCCCACAUUGUAUCUAUAUAUGUCUUGUCUCAAGUGUACAUAAUGUGCCAACAUUUAUGCAUUGAUGAUUGCUUGUAUUAUACUAUUUGGUACA